AUGCCUCUCGGGAUCAACAAUCCGUUGCCCUCUUCUAUGAGCAGCGAGUGCAAGAAGGCCGCAAAGAUCUUAACCUCCUUCGUCGAUCCCAAGCAAGCCUUUGGUCCUGACAAAGUCAUUCCUCCAGAGAUUCUGGCCGGUGCAAAGGGUCUUGCCGUCCUCACAGUUUUGAAAGCCGGAUUCCUAGGCUCCGGUCGAUUUGGAUCCGGUAUUGUCGUCGCUCGUCUUGGUGAUGGUUCUUGGUCGGCCCCAUCGGCUAUCGCGACUGCAGGCGCCGGAAUUGGAGGUCAGAUUGGGUUCGAAUUGACCGACUUCGUGUUCAUUCUCAACGAUGCCGCUGCCGUGCGCACAUUCUCACAGGUCGGUACGCUAACAUUGGGUGGUAACGUUUCCCUCGCCGCAGGACCGGUCGGCCGAAAUGCCGAGGCUGCUGGAGCUGCCAGCACAAAGGGUGUCGCGGCUGUGUUCUCUUACUCAAAAACCAAGGGCCUGUUCGCCGGUGUCAGUCUGGAGGGUAGUAUGCUAGUGGAGCGCAAGGAUGCCAACGAGAAGCUGUAUCGCAGUCGCGUGUCUGCUAACCAGCUUCUCACUGGAAGCGUUCGCCCACCGCCGGCCGCCGAUGCCCUCAUGCGCGUUCUGGCCUCUCGUGCAUUCCAAGGGAACUCAAGAGCGUAUGGCGAUUCCAUGUACAAUGACAUGCCCGUAUAUGACGAGAGCCACGACGAUGUUGUCUGGGAGGGACGAAGGGGCGAGGCAUAUGGCCAGGGUAGCCGACGGGGUCGAUCCAACACCAAUGGCGACGACUACGACUACCGUGAUCAGCCGCGCCGUGCGAACACCUGGGCAGAUGAUGUUUACGACCAGCCUGCCGGGGGUCUUGGCCGUUCCGCGACAGGCCGGGAACCUCCCAGCGACUCAUACGACGGCUACGGGCGCAGCCGGAGCAACACCGCGCCAUUUGAGGAGGACUAUGUUUAUUCAGAUCGCCGACCUACACGCCCUACUGCUCCCAAGCCGGUCUUCGGGCAAAAGACAGGUGCGGCUCAGUUGCGGCAGGACCAGGCUAUUGCUCUCUUUACAUUCGAUGCGGAUCAGGAGGGCGACCUUGGAUUCAAGAAGGGCGAGAUCAUCACGAUUUUGAAGCGGACGGAGAAGGCGGAAGACUGGUGGACUGGUCGCAUUGGUAAUCGCGUGGGCAUCUUCCCCAGCAACUAUGUUGAUGCCUCGUAA